GGUGAUCUGAUUAUUAAUAUUCUAGCUGCCACGGUGAAGAAUAAGAACAGUUUGGCUGCUAUGAAUGUAGGAAAGGAUAAGCUGUGAUACAUCUUCCAUUAUCGGAUGGACUGCGAUCCACUACUAUUUGUGACAUCAGACAGAAGUCCAUCUCGUGUCUGCAUGAAAGUGGAUACAGUCAUGCAAGCAACAUAUUCAGUUAUGGAUCUACACUGCCAAUCCUCGAUAAUUUUACUAACUCUAAGUCCAUGCAUGCUGCAUACUAAUGCAGUCGUUCGUCACCAUCACAUCGCUACAUUCUUUCUUAUAUGCCCCGUACCCCAGAUAAAAUUGCAGAAUCUGUUACCACCCCACGCCUCACAUCUCAUAUCGCCGGCGCAUCAUGGGAGUUCCCGCCCACGCAAUGCUGCGGGGUCCGACUGACAGACCAAGAGAUCAGCGAGGACAACUUCAAAACGGUGCAGAAAUGGGCACUGGAGAGUUAUGCUGUAUAUGAGAAGUUGGCGGGGAAUGAUGGGUUAGCAAGGGCGCUCAGUGUGCGGAUGCCGCUGUGUGCGUCGUUUCAUACGUAUCGUAUUAGAGAUGAUAAGCCUACGUUUGCCAAGAUGGAGGUGACGAGGGGGUUGAGUCCGGGGUUUUUCCGGCGGGGAGUGAAAGAGCUGGCGGAGAAGUAUGCGAUUAAUGUUAGGUCGAAUGGAGGGCUGAAGGAUGCGUAUGAGCAUCCUGCGCCGGUAAUCGAUACAGACGCUGCCAUGGGGCCACUGAUGCGGUUAGUGAGGAUUAAAGGGGCGAGAAUGUAUACGGACGCCAUUGCGGGGGAUCUAUGCACGCAGGAAGCGCAUUUGUUGAGAAUGUACCGUGCCGAUGCAAUCGUGAAUGCGACAGGCCUUGGAGCGAGAGACAUCACCUCUAAGAAACAUUACCUACGAGGAGCCCUGCUGAGAGUCUUCAGCAAUGACUCAGGCUUUGCAAAGAUCGAAAACUCCAUCAUCGUUGCGGCUGAUGCUGGCGCAGACGGGAAUACAGCAACAUUGCAUUCAUCAUACCUACCAGCCCCUGCCAUAUUAGGUUUAGCGUAUACUACGAGGAUUACAUGA